AUGUUCUUGAAAAAGGUCAAAUUGGAUCACCUUGUUCAAGUAGGUGAAACCCAAGACCCAUACUUUGAAACUAUCCCUGAUGAGGAUCUUCAUUUUUAUCAACGGAAAGGUGCUAAAAGAAAGAGAAAGUUGCCAGCAAUUCUCCCACCUAAAGACUUGAAAAUUUUAAACUCAGUCAAGAGCCGAGCAUACACUUUGGACUUGCAAUUGAGUCUAUGCGGGCUCAGAUUAGGAUGGGCAGCAAUUAUUGGAUUAAUCCCUUGGAUUGGUACGUUCUUGUGUGGUUACAUGGCGUUGAGGUUGGUCCGUAAGGCCGAAAAAAUUGAAGGUGGGUUACCUACAACAAUCAGACUGAAAAUGAUUGCUAAUGUUACAUUCGACUUCGCCAUAGGAUUGAUUCCCAUUGUCGGAGAUUUCAUUAAUAUAAUGUACAGAUGUAAUUCAAGAAACUUUAUAUUGCUAGAGAAGUAUUUGGUUGAAAAGCAUACCAAGGGACACCCUAAAGGCCAUGUCGAGCCUCAGGUGGUUCCGUUGAAUGAAAAUUCCGGAUUAAAGAGCCCGCAAGCUGUUUAA